AUGUUCAUCGCGCGAUCCGAAUAUGAUCGUGGUAUCAACACCUUCUCCCCAGAGGGCCGUCUCUUCCAAGUCGAAUACUCGCUCGAAGCCAUCAAGCUCGGCAGCACAGCAAUCGGCAUCUCCACCUCAGCAGGUGUCAUUCUCGGCGUCGAGAAGCGCAUCACUUCCUCCCUCCUCGAAACGUCGUCAGUAGAGAAGAUCGUGGAGAUCGACAGACACAUCGGAUGCGCCAUGUCCGGCCUUCAGGCCGAUGCACGGAGUAUGAUCGAGCACGCACGAGUCACAUCGCAGUCACACGAGUUCCACUACAAUGAGCGAUUAGGCGUCGAGAGCUGCACACAGGCCAUCUGUGAUCUGGCGCUGCGCUUCGGUGAGGGAGCGGAUGGCGAGGAGAGCAUCAUGUCGAGACCUUUCGGUGUGGCGCUGUUGAUUGCAGGCUACGACGAGGACGGCCCGUCACUCUACCACGCAGAACCCUCCGGCACAUUCUACCGAUACGACGCGAAGGCCAUCGGCUCCGGAUCAGAGGGUGCCCAGGCCGAGCUGCAGAACGAGUUCCACAAAUCGCUUACCAUGGAAGAGGCGGAGGUCAUGGUCUUGAAGACAUUGAAGCAGGUCAUGGAGGAGAAGCUCGACUCGAAGAAUGUUCAAUUAGCCAGCGUGACCAAGGACAAGGGCUUCAGGAUCUACACAGAUGAGGAGAUGGCUGGCGUUGUGGGACGACUAGAGGGCAACUAA